AUGUACUCGCAGUCACCACAGAUGCCACCGCAGAUGUUUGGCUAUCCCCCAUAUUCGCCCAUGAACCCUGGUCAGCCCUCGCCAUAUGGACAUCAUUCUUCCCAGCAUCCUCUCACUACACAACCAUUGAUGAUGCCCCCUCAGAAAGCCCCAUCCCAGGUGCCACCACACCAAUCCCCCCACCCAACUUCCAGCAUGUCUACGAGCCCCAUCAUGAAACUCGAUUCCUCCCAGCAUCCCACAACCCCACAGCAAACAAUGCUGAAUCCUCCCCUUCCGGCAACCAACAGCCACGCAAUGUCUGCCAGCAACCCCCACGCAAGCCCACCACUGAGCGGCACCACAUCCAGCGCGGCACCAGGCCCCAUCCCAGCCACUACUCCGCUAGUCGUGCGACAAGACAGCAAUGGCGUGCAGUGGAUCGCCUUCGAAUAUUCCCGAGACCGGGUGAAAAUGGAAUACACCAUUCGGUGUGACGUGGAAUCUGUCAUCGUGGACACGCUCUCGCAAGAAUUCAAGACGGAGAACUGCGUGUACCCGCGCGCCUGUUGCAGUAAGGACCAAUAUCGCGGGAACCGGCUGGUCUAUGAAACAGAAUGCAAUGCUGUCGGCUGGGCAUUGGCCGAGUUGAACCCUGCUCUGAGGGGCAAGCGUGGAUUGAUCCAGCGUGCUGUCGAUAGCUGGCGCAACAGCAAUCAGGACCCGAGACUGCGCAGCAGACGUGUUCGUCGUAUGGCUAAGAUUAACCGAAGACAGUCGGUCCCCGCUCAGCCUGCUCAUAUGGCACAGCAAGGCCCUGGCUCAGGUGGUCCGCCUGGUCCUAGUAUGAGUGCUAUGCCGGCUCCUGCUCCCCGCCCGAGUUUGGGUCCCAUUUCAAUGGGUCCACCCCAGAUGCAUCAUCACCAUCAACCUGAUGGCAGUCCUAGUGAGGAAGUUAGCGGCACAGACUACCCGGGCCACCGGAGCUUGGAUACACGCCUCCCACAGCCCUCAAUCCCCGACAUCCGUCCAGCUCACAUCUUCCAUGACGCACCAACAACCCUAACCCCAGGCGGCAGCGCCAGCGGCCCCUCCAUGCCUCCCCUCCUACGUGACAACAGCCUUACCUCACUAAGCCGCCACUCAAUCGCAACCUCCGCCCGUAUGGACUCAACUGACCACGACAUCGAAGAGAAAGGUCCAACAAACGAUGACCUCUUCAGUCACCUCCCAGACGGCAAACGCCGCAAAUUCAUUCUAGUCGACGACCCACAGCGCGGCUGUCGCGUCCGCGUCAAGGUCGUUCUUGACAAGGUUAACAUGGACGAGAUCCCAGACUCUUACCGCGAGGCAAACGCCGUCUAUCCGCGUACCUAUUUCCCCAUCCAGAUGCGCGAUGAGAACCGCGUCGUGCCUGCUAAGCGCUUCUUCCGCGAUGAUACCGAGCAAGCGGAUGAUCCCGAAGCAACUACUAUCGGCCGAACGACUGUUCCUGCGCCAUCCCUUGACACCGAUGCUGAAAUCGAGGUGCCGAAGAUCUCGCGCAGAAAACACCGUAAGGAUUUGAUGCUUAAUGAUCUCGGCUACCGUAUGAGCUGGAGUCAGAGCCGUGUGUUUGCGGGACUGGAUGCCUAUCGCGAUAAAAUGCGAAGCAGCAUGCUCGCUGCAGGCCAAGAUACAGUGGAUAUUCCCGAUCAUUUUGAUACUCGUCGUGGCAAGCGACGGUUCCUAGAGCGCGGACGUCGUCUGGAGUCUGGAUCUGAGAAUGCUGCUCGACGGAGUGCAGAGGAAGUUGAAGGUUGA